AUGCCCGACUGGCGAAGCGACUACCUCGCCUCCCUGCGGGAGGCCGAGAGCAGCAAUCCCGUGAACAAGGACCUCGUCGAAGCCUGCUCGCAGCUCGUCGACCGCGUGGCCGCGCUCGAGGCCGAGAAGGCCGUGUGGCAAGCGGCGGCGGCGGCGGCGGCUCCUCAGCCCUCGCCGUCGGCCAGAGCUCCUCCUCCUCCUCCUCCCCCUACCGCUGACCCCGACGCCGCGCAGCUGCGGCUCGACCUGGCCGAGGCGCUGCGCGCGCGGGGCCAGCUGCAGGCCCGGCUCAGGGCCGCCGAGGACGAGCUGCGCGGGCUGCGCGCCCGGGCCAAGGUCGACGCCAAGCGCGUCGCCGACCUGGCCGCCGAGCGCAAUAGUAUUCAGUCGCGGCUCAAGGACCGCAACGAGGAGCUGGCCGGCAAGAACAAGCUGCUGAAGGACGUCCAGGACGAGAACCUCACCCUCAACAUCCAGCUCGACGUCACCGAGCAGAAGGCGGCCCGGCUCGUGGCCGACAACAAGGACCUGGUGGACCGGUGGAUGCAGAGGAUGAAGCACGAGGCCGACGCCAUGAACCUGGAGAACGAAUCGCCUGGCAACGUGAGCAAUAGCACUAAGAGUCGGAGGUGA